GUGGCCGCUCCGCCUCAGCCAGCGGGGGCGGCCAUGGCGGCUGGGGGGUCGCCGCCGGCGGGCCCGGCCGAGCCCAACCCCUUCUCCUUCCACGAGUUCGUUCGCAGCAAAGCCCGGAGCGGUGAGGAGGCGGGCGAUUCUCGCCAGGCAGGUCCCGGGCAGAGACGCGACUCCCUUCAGCCUCUCUGCUCUCCGCAGGCGGCGGCGCCGGCCGGCCCGAGCCUCGGCCCCCUCUUGUUCCCGGAUCCGGCGCCGCUGGGAGAGGAUGAGGAUGAGGAGGAAUGGAGCGGGAGCUACCAGCCCUCGGCCGUGGAGCAGGCCCACCUCGCCGCCGCGGGCCCCGCCUCGCCCUUCUUCUUGGAGGGCGCGGGGCUGGGGGGCGGCGGGGACCCGAGCGGGGCUUCCCUCGGGGCGCCUCCGGGGCCGGGCUUCCCCUCCCUGCGGCAGCCCAGCUACGAGGAGCUAAAAGAAGAGAAUGCCAGUUUGAGAAGCAAGAUCAAUAAGCUUCAGAUUUUCUCUGAAACUCAAGCAGACAAGAUGAGGAAGCUUGAAAGAAAGCUUGAGGAAAAUAAAAUUAAAGAAGAAAAAGAAGCGCAGGAUUUGGAAGCGAUGGUGCAACACGUGGAGCAAAACCUCCAGCUGAUGACGAAACGGGCUGUUAAAGCAGAAAACAACGCUACGAAACUGAAACAGGAAAACGCGCUACUUCAGGUUCAGCUGAAGAACUACAAGACAGAGAACGAAGCCCUGAGGUCGGGGCAGUCGGCCAGCCUGGCCGCUGUGAAGCGCAACGCGGACCUGGCCCUGCAGAACCUCCUCGCCGUCGUGACGAGCUCCCGCUCCUCCAUAAAGUGA